AUGAAGAGUGAAGAACAGAGGCCUACCCGUGUUUGUGCUGUAUCCAAACAAGUCCAUACUAAGACUGGCAUCGCACGUCUUUUUGAUGAGGAAUCUGAGAAUGCCUAUGACAUCCGACUAAAGCUAUCAAAAGAUGUCCUAACAAUUCAAAAGCAAGAUGUUGUUUGUGUCAAUGGAAGUGAUUCUGAUUCAAAUCACAGAACUGUUACACUUCGCAGACAGCCUGUUGGUGGAAUGGGUCUAAGUAUUAAGGGAGGUGCUGAACAUAGCGUGCCAGUCGUCAUAUCGAAAAUCUUCAAAGAUCAAGCAGCUGACCAGACUGGAAUGCUGUUUGUCGGAGAUGCUGUGCUGCAAGUUAAUGGCAUUAAUGUUGAAAAUGCUACACAUGAGGAAGUGGUGCAUCUACUACGAAAUGCUGGAGAUGAAGUUACUAUCACCGUUCAGUACCUCAGGGAAGCCCCAUCCUUCCUUAAACUUCCAUUAGGCUCACCAGGCCCGUCCAGUGAUCACAGCAGUGGGACAUCCUCACCCCUAUUUGACAGUGGUUUACAUUUAAAUGGAACCUCUACAAAUACAGCACCAUCAUCACCCUCUUCACCUUCAGCUAAUGAACCAAAAUUUGAGAAACGUUGGUUAGAUGCCUUAUCGGUCCCCUUGACAAUGGCUCGAGUCUCAAGAUACAGAGCUGGACCAGAUCAAUUAAGGCCCAACACUUUUGAAGUUGUGGCGCUGGAUGGAGUCAGCUCUGGGAUCUUCCAGUUCUACACUUCCCAAGAGAGUGCUGACUGGCUGCGGGCAAUAUCAACAAACAUCAAUGAUUUGACCCUGCAAAACAUGAAAAUGGCAAAUAAGUGCUGUUCUCCAAAUGACCAGGUAAUUCACAUGGGGUGGGUGAGUGAGAGGCUGCUAGGAUCUGAUUCCAAUCAGCUUUACAAGUACAAGUUUCUGGGACUGAAAGGUUCAUCGCUUCACAUUUUCAACGCUCCACCGGUCAGCAUUCAUGACUGGUUAUGGGCUGAAAAGAUCUACAACCUCUGCGAGAUUCUUUGCAGAGUUCAUAAGCUCUGGCUUGCUGAUGAAUGCUGGCUACAAGCAAACUUAUAUUUAGGUCUUCAUCAGGACUGCGAUCUUCAAGACCAGAGGCCGUAUGGUUUCAGUAUCCUGGCAGGACAAGGCGAGAACCACUAUUUUUAUGUAGAGAUGGGAAGUGAACUUGCAGUGUGGGAGAAAACCUUCCAGAGAGCAGUUUUCGUGGAUGUGCAACGAGCAGGGUCUAAGACAUAUGGAUGCACUUGGCAAGGCCAGGCAUUUUCCUUCACAAUAGACUUUGCUUCGGGAUUUACCUGUGUUGAUGAUAACACAAAGGAUAUUGUCUGGAGAUUCAAAUUCUCACAGCUCAAAGGAUCUUCUGAUGAUGGAAAAACAUGUGUGAAAUUAUUGUUUCAGAAAACAGAUACCAGACAGAUUGACAUGAAGGAGCUGGAAUUUGCUGACCUGACUGCAGUUUUGCAUUGCAUACACUCAUUCAUAGCAGCAAAGGUGGCAGCGGUGGAUCCACUGUUUGUAGACAGCCAGAAUGUUGCACGGAAGUAUAUGUACAGCAGCUAAAGACGGGACUUCAGCCGCUGGAUAUGUAUCGUAUUCCUUGUCAUAAAUGAAUCACUUUAUGACCACAUUAUGACCACUUCAAGCACAUAAUGGGAAUGGAGCGCAAACAGGUCAGAGAUGUGUUACACUCUGGCAAGAGAUGAUGUCAAGUGGGUGAUGUUGAUUUACCUUUCCUGAUAUUUGGUUCCGUUUAAUGUAAAUGGGAAUCGUGAGAGGUGCAUAUCCGAAUUGAUAAUAUCCCUUUUAUUCUCUGACCCGAUUUCAACAUUGCCCUUGUUUUGUUUUCAACAAUUAAGGGUAAAAACAUCUUCCUUCAUAUUGGAAGUCAAUCACAUUGUCAGUGUGUACAGCACUGUAUUAUUCUCCCUUUUCAGCCUCCUGGUAUCAUUUUGCAAAAAUGGAAAUCUAAACUCCAAAAUAUUCCACAAUUCAUAAUUUGCACUAACAGGAUACUUUGUAAUUUGUGUUUAUUUCCUUUUUUUAUUGACAGCUGUGAUUUUGAUGUCAUUAUUUUCUUGCAAAAGCACAUUGAGUGUUCUUUCUAAUAGAUUUUGAGUGCUGAUGAAUUUAGAGUUAUAGGAUUAGUAACAAUUCUUAAAUUUGCAGUUAGCAUAACAGUGUACUUUUGCACUAACAUAAUUUGGAAUUCCUCACCAAAAACAUUAAA